CUAUGCAUAAAUAAUCGUGAAAUAAUUUACGAAGUCGACGGAUUUGUGAUUCAACGUCAUCAUCAAUCAAGCAGUAAUCAUGGACAACGAGAUUGUACAGUGCCAUUCGGAGCAGAAUGAAAGUGAAAAGAGCGACAAAAAAUGGAGAAAAUAUUUGAAAUGGAUAGAGCAUAUAUCGGUAGAACCAACGAUGUGGUUGUAUAUGAUGGCAUACAUGAUUACUUCCGUUGUGGAACAGGCUUUCUUCGUCUAUAAAGCGUGUCGAGUUGAUCACGGUUAUUCCGAAGAAAUUUGUUCAAAUCUGACUGAUAACGAAACGAUAAAGAGAGAAGUACAGGUAACAGUCUCAAAUUUCCAUCAAUGGAAUAACAUAGCAGGACAUGUAGUUCCCAUAAUACUAGCCCUAUUCUUUGGAAACUGGAGUGACAGACGCGGUCGAAAAUUGCCACUAAUUAUUGGACUACUAGGAAAGUUUAUCUACUCUUUUAUGGUAGUGAUCAAUUCCUUGAUUGAUACAUGGAAUCUAAAUACUAUAGUAUACUCAGCCAGCCUCCCUAUGGGGAUAUUAGGAGGAGAUGUUGCCAUUUUUGGAAGCUGUUUCGCAUACAUAUCAGACAUAUCAUCUGUUGAACAAAGAACCUUAAGGAUUACCAUCUUAGAUGUUGUUUACCUCAGUACUAUGCCCACUGGUGUGGCUUUGGGUUCCUAUCUCUAUACCAAUGUUGUCAAAUCAUCUUACACUAUAAUGUUCACCAUAAAUACCAUUUUACUAGUUUUAGCCAUGGUGUAUUCAUUGAUAAGACUAAAGUGGCAAACGUUGUCACAACAACAGUCGUUAGUAGGUACUAACUUGUUAACUGACUUUUUUGAUAAAAAGCACGUAGUGGCAACCUUCAAAACAAUGACCAAGAGCAGGCCAAAUCAUGGAAAGCUUCACCUGUGGCUUUUGCUGAUCAUCAUGAUGCUAUAUACUUUCCAAAGAGACGAGAAACUUAUGAGUUUCUUAUAUACACAAUUGAAAUUCAAGUGGAACGUAACCACAUUCAGCAAUUUCAGAACAUUCCAGUCAACUACUUUUGUUAUAGCGAUGCUAAUCGGCAUUCCAAUAAUGAGUAAAUUGAUGGGAAUGAGGGACACUAUAAUAGUAGCUAUUGGUGCAAUUUCUCACGCUUCCGGAAGAGUAAUAUUCAUCUUAGCCAAAAUAUCGAAAUUAUUCUAUGUUGGUGCUGGUUUAGCUGCUCUUGGACCAAUAGUGGCACCAGUUCUGAGGUCAAUGACUUCAAAACUCGUUUCUACGGAGGAACGCGGAAAAGUAUUUGCCAUGCUAUCAGUCUGUGAUAAUGCAGUACCUUUGUUCAGCGGCGUAUUAUAUUCUCAACUAUACAAUGCAACUAUAAACUCAGCACCUAACUCAAUCUAUUGGUUGACUUUUGCCACUCAAGUAUCUGUUCUAUUCCUUAUUCUAAUAAUUCAUUUUUCUACAAGAACUCAAAGGCAUCUAGAAAACACACAGUACAUCGAUAAUGAAAAUGACUAUUCAUCAAUAUCUGCUUCUACUUUGGAGCCAAUAAGAAAAAGAUAGACUUUGGAAAAAAAAAAAGAAGCUGAAUUUCUUUCACAUAAACCUAAUUUUAGUCUUUUAAUUCUUUAAGACAUACAAUUAAUAGAUUGUUGAUAUUUAUGCUUACAAACAAAUCUAAAGAUACUUAAAGAAAGAAAUUUAAAGUUUAAAGUUGUGAAAAGUUGCAGAAGCAGUUGAAAAUUGGGCUCAAUAUUUUUAUCUAUUUUAUCUAUUUUAUACUAAAAUCUAUUUCUAUUUUAGAUCUAUUUCUGUUAGAGGUCGAUAUUUAUAUAAAAUAUUAGUCCAAAAUAUUAUUCAAUAAUAAAAGGUAUGAUUACUAGUAUUAUUAAUAAGAAAAUGCAAGGUAUUUUAUUAUUCUUCUCUUUUAUGUAGUGAGGUGUUUCUUAUGCAUAAUACAAACAUUGACUUUUAUUUAUCUGUAUAAUUUAAAAAAUUAUGAUCAUUCAAAAUUUCCAAUCUGCUGUGUAUAUUUCCUAUAUUCAAUUAUUUGCUUCUUUAUAACUUCCUAAUUAUAUUUAAUAAUAAUGAGUGAGUUUUUUUUUAUCAUGACACAAUAACUGGGGUAUAUUCCAUAAAAAUAUAAAUUUACAUAAAUAUCCACAAUCUAAUGAUUAAUAUUGUAGCAUUACACGACAAUAUGGCAUGAAUUGUACAUAAGAUUUUAGUAUAUAUGGGAAAUUUUAAUAAAAUUGUACAUAUAUAACUUCUUGUACAUGCGUCACAAUAUGUCCUUUUCUCUCACAGAUUAAUUAAUGACGUAGAAUUAAUUGGAAUUGGUUUUCUCUUUGCGUCAGACUAAAAUGAGUCACUGAUUCUAUAAUGAAAUUAAUGACUAAUAGCA